GUUAGACCAGUAGGGCAGAGAGUGAGACGGAGAGAGAAAGAUAGAGAGAAACAGAGAGAGAGUCAACAUGUGUCUGGUGUGAUAUCGUUCUACUGUUUCCCUCUAAAAAGACUGAGACGAACCAUGAGGACAGGCUGAGGAGCCCUAAGACUGAGACUGGGACUGAGAGAAGAGGUGUGGUGUGUCCCUAUAUACCUACAGCCAUGAACAACAGUCUGUACAUACCUGGGUAGACUUGACGCACAGACCUGAACACUCCUGACAAAUAAAUAGACCUGCACUCAGAAGCCUGACCACACUGAGGCCUCCUUUGCUCAGAACGAGCCUCUCCAUUGGCUAGCCAGGUGACUGACACACGUCCAGAUCAGUGGCUGAGUGCGGUGGGCGGGGUUAAGAUGAACUUGUCCAAUCAGAGCUGUGGUAGUAGCGUUGAGGACCUGCGGAGGUACCAACAUCAUGUCUACGCGGUGUUCUACAGCGUCAUCCUGGCCCCGGGCCUUCUGGGUAAUGUCCUGGCUCUCUGGGUGUUCCAGGCAUAUGUCAGGGAGACCAAGAGAGGAGUGGUGUUUAUGAUGAACCUGGCUGUAGCUGAUCUCUUGCAGGUCCUCUCCCUACCUCUCCGUAUCUACUACUAUCUGAACCAUACCUGGCCAUUCGGCCGGCCUCUCUGCAUGUUGUGUUUCUACUUGAAAUACGUCAACAUGUACGCCUCUAUCUUCUUCCUGGUGUGUGUGAGUGUGCGGCGCUGUGAGCUCACCAUCCACCCGCUGAGGUACCGUUCCAACAGACGACGAGGGGACGGAUGUGUGUGUGCUGCCGGCUGGCUGCUGGUCUGUCUUGGUUGUCUGCCCUUCCCUCUGCUCCGAAACGCCAGCUCUGACCCCACCACACCUAACCCCUACACCCUGACCCCUGACCUCUACACCCACACUGCCCCCUAUGACCUUACCCCUAACUCCCAUGCCUCCAGUCCUAGCUCCUAUUCCCCAGCCCCAGCCCCCACCUCUUCCCCCACACCUGGCCCUACCUCCAUCCCGGCGGCGGUGUGUUUUGCGGAGCUCCCCAUGCGUGAGGUCACCCCUGCGGCCGGCUGGGCUCUGAUGAUGGGGGCGGAGCUGGUUGGCUUCAUCCUCCCUCUGGUCGUGGUUCUGACCUGCGCCUGUCUGUCGGCCGGCAGCCUGCGAGGCCACAGAGGGGGGGAGGAGGGGGCUGGGGUAGGGGUUAAGGACCAGGGGGAGAAGAGGAGGGCGUUGAGGAUGGUGUUGAGCUGUGCCGGGGUGUUCCUGCUCUGCUUCUCCCCAUACCAUGUCACCAUGCCGCUAGACUUCCUGGCGAAGGCCGAUGCCCUGGGGAGCUGUGGGGUCAGAGAGAUGGUGCUGCGAUGCCAUCCUGUCACCCUGUGUCUCGCCAGUCUCAACUCAGGACUGGACCCUCUCAUGUAUUACUUUACUACAGAUGAGUUCAGGAGAAGACUCAGCAGGCCAGAGAUACCUGAGACCUUCAGUCUGGCUCCAAGACUGUCCUGUACUAGUGGUGGGGGAGCACUGAACCCUGACCUCUAACCCCAAGACUGUCCUGUUCUGGUGUGGACAGCGGAGGGGGAGUGAGAAACAAGGACAAAGGGAUCAAGGAGCUCCUCUGCUCUCAAAGCUUGCAUCCACUAGAAGACCAUGGUAUGAAAAAUGUAUGCACUCACUAACUGUAAGUCGCUCUGGAUAAGAGCGUCUGCUAAAUGACUAAAAUGUAAAUGUACUGAGCAGCAACAGGGACUGCCCCUCCCCACCUUCAGUUUAUGCUCCAACCCUACACCCCAACCCGAGCACUCCGUUCUGCCACCUCUGGUCUCUUGGCCCUCCCACCCCUACG